AUGGGGACUACUAAAGCCGAGAGUACAAACAAACCCGCUGGGGAGGAAGAGCUGGCAGCUGUCCUUCCGACAGGGGGGCCGGCAUGGUAUAGGCAAGGUUAUCUUCUUCGUCUCAACUCGAUUAUACUUGCUCUAGUGAUGUUCUCCUCUGCAAAUGGCUACGAUGGAUCUUUAAUGAAUGGGCUUCAAGCCCUUGACCAGUGGAACAACUUUCUGGACUAUCCUACUGGUGUACGUCUUGGAUGGCUGAAUGCUAUAUACUGGCUGGGAUGCGGCGUUGGCUACCCAACUGCGGCGUGGUUGGCAAAUCGAUUUGGACGCAAACCUGGGGUCUAUGUCGGCUAUCUCUUCUUAGGUCUUGGUUGUGCGCUCCAGACAGCAGCUCCAAAUCAGACUUCAUUCUUGCUGGCUCGAUUGUUUGUUGGCGUGGCGUCCGCAUUAUUUGGAAACUCAGUUCCGCUCCUGAUUAACGAGAUCGCCUAUCCUAGCCAUCGUGGCAUUGUAAACUCGCUCUUCAUGUCUGGAUGGUACGUAGGUGGAACCGUGUCAGGGUGGGUGAUCUUCGCGUCGCGGGAUUACCCAUCGUCGUGGUCCUGGCGACUACCGUCGCUUCUUCAAGCCUUAUUACCACUGGUCGCCUUGCCGGGGUUCCUGUUGGCUCCUGAAAGCCCUCGCUGGCUGAUUUCAGUUGGCCGCCCGGAGGAAGCACGCACAAUCUUGACACGUUACCAUGCGGGUGGAGAUACAAACUCACCGCUGGUAAACUAUGAAAUGUUGACUAUUACCUCUGCCAUUGAAGCUGAGCAGGAGGCACAGAGCAGUGCUAGCUACUUGGAGAUGCUCAAAACACCUGGAAAUAGACGUCGGCUAUUCAUCUCCAUCACUUUGGGCAUAUUUGCGCAAUGGGCGGGUAAUGGUGUGGUCUCUUAUUAUUUGUCGCUCAUUCUUGAUACAGUGGGAGUGACUAGUGUGAAAGAUCAGACACUCAUCUCUGCAUGUAUGCAGAUGUGGAAUCUGAUAUUCGCUAUCACCGGCGCAUACCUCAUUGACCGAUUUGGCCGUCGUCCUCUGUUCCUGGCAUCUGCUGUGGUUAUGUUCGUGAGCUACGUCUUCGUCACUGCACUCUCGGGAUCAUUCGCAGCUACUCAACAUGCAAGCACUGGAGCGGCCGUCAUACCGUUUCUCUUUAUUUUCUUUGCAGGCUAUGGACUUUCUUUAACCCCUUUGUUAACUGCCUAUCCAUGCGAAAUUUGGCCUUUCCGUCUCCGAGCUCGUGGCCUUACAGUGACUUGGGUGGCCUCUAUCUGUGCAAUCAUCUUCAAUACAUUCGUGAACCCCAUUGCCCUGGACGCUAUUGAAUGGAAGUACUACAUCGUGUUCAUCGCAGUACUGCUGAUUUUUGGGAUUACGGCGUACUUUUUUUACCCGGAAACCAAGGGUUACCCUCUUGAACAGAUUGCUGCCAUAUUCGAUGGUCCCACCUCUCAAGGUGGAAUCGACCCCGAGCGUGCGGCGAAGUGUCUGGAUGUGUUCGAUGAUGUGAAGUCGCUCUCAGUCACCCACCAAGAAUCUAUAUGA